GUUCUCGCUCGGGUCCGCGCCCGGGAUCGUGAUGGCGGCGGCGGCGGCGGCGGCGGCGGCGGCGGCGGCGGCGGCGGCGACCGGGGGAGGUGGGGAACGCAGCAGCACCCGGGACCGGCUCCUGGCGGCGCUGGAGGAUCUCGAACUCUUGGCAAGGGAACUAAUUGAAAUUUUGGCAAUUUCAAGAAACCAGAAGCUUCCACAACCGGGAGAGGAGGGCCAGAUCCUGGAACUGCUGAUUCAGAGAGAUGGAGAGUUUCAAGAGCUAAUGAAGUUGGCAGUUGAUCAGGGGAAAAUCCAUCAUGAAAUGCAGCUUUUAGAAAAGGUAGUAGAAAAGAGGGAUAAUGAUAUUCAGCAGCUGCAGAAACAACUAAAAGAAGCAGAGCACAUACUGGCAACAGCUGUUUAUCAAGCAAAGGAAAAGCUGAAAUCAAUUGAAAAGGCAAGAAAAGGUGCCAUUUCCUCUGAAGAAAUAAUUAAAUAUGCCCACAGAAUCAGUGCUAGCAAUGCUGUUUGUGCCCCUCUGACAUGGGUACCAGGGGACCCACGUAGGCCAUAUCCUACAGAUCUGGAAAUGAGGAGUGGUCUCUUGGGUCAGAUGAACAACCCAUCCACCAAUGGAGUUAAUGGACACUUACCAGGGGAUGCACUUGCAGCAGGCAGACUGCCAGAUGUGCUCGCUCCUCAGUAUCCUUGGCAGUCAAGUGAUAUGUCAAUGAACAUGCUACCUCCUAAUCAUAGUAAUGACUUCAUGUUGGAGCCUCCAGGACACAACAAAGAGAAUGAAGAUGAUGUAGAAGUUAUGUCAACAGACUCCUCAAGCAGCAGCAGUGACUCAGACUAGGUACAGGAGGAACAGUAUCCCUAGUAGACCUUUCCUGUGGUGAAGAUGUUCAAGUAAAAUGACUGGGAGCUUUCUGCUGGAGGAGAGAUGUCAAAUUCCCAGUGGUGAUGUAAAUGUGUGAAUGUGUAUGUUUGCAAGAGAUGUGUGUGUAAUAUAUAUAUAUAUUUACUAUACAUUAGAUGACAAAAGUUCCUGGGAAAAAAGGUGUAAGGGGAAUCCCCUUGUAUGUUUGUUAGUAACUUUACUCUUUUGAUGAUAGCCUUUUCUAUGGCACAGAAAUAAGACAUGAAAUUUGUAAUUUUAAUAUCUUUGUUACUGCCUAAAUCCACGUUCUUGAUCAUCUUGUGUGCGCCAAGAAUAAAAAUAUGGCAAUAAGGUGUAAAAAAAAAAGUUUGUAAUUAUUGUAAUAUAUAAUGAAUGAUUUGUCAUAAAUAAACCCAGCUUUGAUGUAA